CAUGUGCCAAUGCCUCGGGAGUCGGUCGAAGCUGUAGAUCCAACCGAAAAUGGAAGGGCAAGGGUGCUGCUGAGCACACGCAUUGCCGUUCGCGACCACAACUGGGAGGUCUGGGCCAGGUCACAGAGACUUGUUGAUAUUGUGUAUUCGCAACACCUACGAAUGAGCAGCUCCGUUUAACCGCAUACAACCAAAAGUCCCUGAAUGAUUGUCAAUUCAACUGACUCUCAACCGCUAUAAGCUAGGUCUAGGGGGGGGGCAGACCAGCGUUCGUGAUGGCGGCAACAGUGCUCGCAAACACACCGGCGCAGAGAAAGCGAAGGAGAAGGAGACGCCAGGACAAGCCUUCCAUAACCGCACGUUUGGUUCUGGACGAUCACGUCAAAGGCGACGUCGGAAUCCUGUCAGAUGAUCUAUUCGCCGACUUGUUUCCCCACUUGCUUCAUCAGGGAAGCACUGAUAAUGACUCGAACCAAACCCCCGAGCUCCGACACGUUGCGAUUGCACCAUGGGCACCCAAUACGAAUCCUGCACGGACGAGCUGGACCAUUGUUCCCGUCCUAAAGUCCACCGCCCUCGCCCAUUCUACUUUACAAUUCUCGCCCUCCUCCCUUGCGUUGCAGAGCUUUGCAACAGCCCUUCAGCAGGUCGCACCUUCAAAGCUGUCAAGCCAUAGUAGAAGUGGAAUCGAGGUGCAUGUCCUCGACGUAGCGGCCUUGGAGCUGGACACGGUAUUCGUGAGCCUAGAAAAUGACCUGGCUAAGAGGCUCGAGCAGGGAGAGGGGACGUUCUUUCGGGAGCAUCCAUCAUCCAAGAGCAAAGGAGCGGCCAUGCCAGAGUCAGGCGCAGGGCGGCUUGUUGAUGCACUACGUGUCGCGCUUGGAAUCCUGAAGGUUGUCCAUGAGGGGGACCUGUUCCCCUUACCUUUACCUCCACACUCUGUUACACAUAUUCCGCCGACACCAGGCAAGGUAAUGCUGUGUGAACCAGUUGCGCAGGGCAUAUUAGGUCCGCAUACCAAAAUCAUCCUGACGAGGGGUCACGGUUCAUCAAGGCCUGAUCGGAAUUCGGCAAACUCGUCACAGGUUCUAAAUGGAGCAAUGCAAGAAGAUGGAGAAGAUACAGCAAAUGACCAGUUCUACUCGGCGGCCGAAGAGCGGUACAAGACGGAUGCUCCGACAGAAGCCACGGUUUCUGCAACCGAAAGUGAAACCGAGGUUUCCGAAGUCGAAGAAAACGAGGAUGAACUGUCCGACGACUCCUUGGAUGACAUGAUCUCGCUACAAGCACCACAAUUACCGACAACGAAUGCAAGUGGAAUAUCGACUAUGCAGCCUGGGACACCAAUGACCAUUGGGCGAGGAAGGAAGACCAACGGUAUCAACACCCCCGGUUCUGUGUUUUCAAGCUUCACUGCCACUACAGCACGACCCGACCGUCCAAAGGGGCGUCUUUUCAAAGCCCACGAUCUUGUGAAACCGAUACCAUCCGGAUUGUUACACCCUAAGCCAGGCACAGAUGACGACGAGGAAGCUCGCGUGUACGUCGACAUUACUUCGUUGACCAGGAUCGGCUGCUUCUCUGGUGACUGGGUACGCUUGGAAGCUUCUGAGGAGCCCCCGUCAAAUGGUGUUGGCCUGUUUGGCCUGGGAAGUUUUGGUCAGCAUGAAGCCGAGCCCUCUUGGAGGCCAGCAAAAGUGUUCGGUCUUCCGGAAGGCUAUUCAAGACGGCCGAUGACAAGAAUACCCAGCGCAAAGCAUGAUGUUGGCGGCGGAAGAAGGUUCUCAUUCUUCGAGUCUCAAGUCCAAAAGCCUUCCGGGCCGGGUGCUUAUUUAUCGCCGGUACUGCUUGCCAAUCUCGAGAACGCUCCCUAUGUCAGGCUGUCUCCAUUAAAGAGGUUGGCAUACCCUCUCAAGCCCGGGCAAAUGAAAAUUACCGGGUCGUCUCAUCCUCCAUACGCUCGCGAUGUAACCCUUCAGCAAAUACGCACUCCCCUGUCUUCGGAAAGGGCACUACAGACCAUUGUCUUGGGCGGAUUGAAGAGUCAUUUUGCAGGGUGUACUCGGAUCGUGAAAAGUGGUGAUCUAAUCGCCAUUCCCAUAGACACUCAGCUAGGGAGAGCUUUGCAAGAGGCUCCCGGCACCGGAGAUGGCUCUAAUCUCGAUGAUUUGCUCGCGAUAACAGCGUCCGGCAGGGCUGGUGGCCAGGCCACGAAACCUGACGGAACCGCAUGGUUCAAAAUUGGCCACAUCCAACGUCAACAGACUGAGGACGUGGAUGAGGAAGAUGAAGAGGACCUUUGGGGUGGCGUCGCCUGUAUUGACACCUCCGUGACUCAGAUUGCCCAAUCAGGCGCUAUCACAAGCUGUCUACCUGGGACAAAGGACAGUAACUGGACCUAUUAUCUGGGGGUAGAAGAAGCAUCGAAUAUCGAUUCAAACCCAACGGUGUCCCCUAUUUCAGAACAGAAAAGACGAUUCACUCCACCACUCCGGCGGAGAUUACGCGAGCUAAUGGCUGCGGCCACCAGCAAACGAGCGAUUCACCUCAGGAUGCCUCCUAUCGCAAUCUUACUAGUAUCGACUCAGCGCAAUAUUGGAAAAGCUACUGUGGCUACAAGCGCUUGCGCAGAUAUUGGCCUGCAUACCUUCACCAUCGAUGCAUAUGAUAUUGUCAACGAGGGUGGUGGUGGUGGAAGCGAUGUGAAAACGGAAGGUUUUCUGAAAGCCCGGGCAGAUCGUGCCAUGAGCUGUGGGCCUGAUUGUUGCGCCUUGCUUAUUCGCCAUGUAGAGGCCCUUACCGCAGAUAGGAUGGUCUCAGCGAUGAAGGAGAUUCUGGAUGAAACGAGGGUUCUGAUUGCGACCACUACCGAAGUGGAUAAAGUUCCAGACGGUAUUCGCGGGCUUUUUACACACGAAUUGGAAAUGGGCGCUCCGGACGAGGGUGAGCGUGAAGGUAUCCUCAGGACCGUUGUUGAUACUGUGGGUGUAUCGCUGGCCCCUGAAGUCGAUCUAGGUGGGAUUGCUCUCAAGACUGCUGCAUUGGUGGCUGGCGACCUAGUCGAUGUGGUUGGGCGCGCCGUGGUCGCGCGAGAUGCGAGAUUAGAGGCACUAUCGGCGCAAGCGUCAACCGUUGAUUCUCCUAUUACCGUGCGGGACAUCCAAGUGGCAGGAGGAUCGUCUGCGCGGGGCCUCACGAAAGCGGAUUUCGACAUUGCUGUUGACGCUGCGCGGAAGAACUUUGCCGACGCGAUAGGCGCACCGAAGAUCCCCAACGUCACGUGGGACGAUGUCGGUGGGUUGAACAAUGUCAAAGAAGCCGUCACAGAGACUAUACAGCUGCCUCUCGAGAGGCCAGAGCUUUUCGCCAAAGGCAUGAAGAAACGUUCGGGCAUCCUUUUCUAUGGUCCUCCGGGCACAGGAAAGACGCUUCUUGCCAAGGCUAUUGCCACAGAGUACAGCUUGAACUUUUUCAGCGUCAAGGGCCCAGAACUGCUAAACAUGUAUAUCGGAGAGUCUGAGGCCAAUGUGCGGCGCGUCUUCCAGCGUGCCCGUGAUGCGCGACCUUGCGUGGUCUUCUUCGACGAGUUGGACUCGGUUGCCCCUAAGCGAGGUAAUCAGGGAGAUAGUGGCGGCGUUAUGGACCGUAUCGUGUCCCAGCUCUUGGCCGAACUGGACGGCAUGUCUGGUGGAGACGAUGGUGGCGGUGGUGUGUUCGUCAUUGGUGCUACCAACCGACCUGAUCUGCUCGAUCAGGCCCUGCUGCGCCCAGGCCGUUUUGACAAGAUGCUCUAUCUGGGAGUAUCCGAUACGCAUGAUAAGCAGCUUACCAUCAUGGAAGCGCUUACACGAAAAUUCACACUACAUCCCGACGUUUCGUUGGCCUCCGUCGCGCAGCACCUCCCCUUUACUUACACGGGUGCCGACUUCUACGCGCUGUGCAGCGAUGCCAUGCUCAAGGCCGUCACACGGCAAGCCACCGCCGCCGACAACAAAAUCAGGGAUCUUAACAACAAUUUACCCCCGGGCAGGCCGUCCAUAUCGACGGCCAACUUCUUUGAUCACUAUGCGAAGCCCGAGGACAUCGCCGUCAUGGUCACGGAACAGGACUUCCUGGACGCGAACCGGGAGCUGGUGCCCUCGGUGAGUGCCGGUGAACUGCAGCACUACCAGCGAGUGCGCGACACGUUUGAAGGCGUACAACAGAAGAAAGACGGCACGAAUGAGCCCGACACUUCCGGCGGCAACGACGCACCUUCGGGGCAGCCAAAAUCCAGCGGGAAGGGCAAAGGCAAGGCUGUCGCUAGUGCAAAAGGGAAGGGGAAAGCCGUCGCGGGCGAUUCUGACGAGGACAGCGAUGGCGACGGCGAAGCUUACCGGAGCUACGGCAGCGCCAACGGGGCCAAGGGCAAGGGCAAGGGGAAAGCUGUCAUGAGAUUCGAACAAGGCACGGGGAGUGACGACGAUGGGCUGUACUAAGCGCCGCCAGAGUAUCUGCAAACGCCAGACAGCCAGGUUUAGCACCCUUUCAUUGGGACCGAAAUCGAAUUAAUUCAAAAAAUUG